CUUGAUAGUCAAGCGGUGCCCCGCCUCCAUGUUUUUUUCAUAUGUAGAGAAGGAAUUCUGCCCCAGCUUUUGUCUCGAGCUGCAGUAACACACGCAAUGGUCAGCAUGUCAAGCUCACACACCAUGCAGUAUAUCGGACUUCUGCUGCUGGCUGCAAUUCUCCUGCAAACAAUAGCCGUGGCUGUGACUUUCAUAUACUUCAGCAACGUCUUAUCGACGAUGAAAGAAACCUUCUCCAAGAGCAGCGUGUCGUGUCUGAUGCGCGCCAACCUCAGAACGAUAAAGGGGCAGGAACUGAACGCGGAUGAGGGGAAAGACGACCCCUGCUGGCAGGUCACGCAACAGCUCCACUUUCUGAUUGAAAAGUCAAUGUCCAGUCGUUACCAGAAGGAAAUUUCGUCUGCCGUCAAAGAUGAAGUCUCGCGUGUGCUUCCCUCAUUGGUGAUCCAAGAUCAAGAUGAUUCCCCUCGGCCUAAAAUCGCAGCACAUGUGACCGGGAGCUAUUUACCAGAAAAAGAUGGAGGAGGUCACCCGAACAGGAAGGUGUACGGCCAGAAGAUUCAGUCGUGGGAGUCCGAAAAGGGUCUGGCUUUCCUACAGAACGUGGAGUUAAGCGAUGGAGAAUUGGUGGUGCCACAGGCCGGGCUUUAUUACAUCUACUCCCAAACUUACUUCCGACACACGCUCAUCGAGGAGGAUGAAAGUGCCCGCGGGGAAGUGGACGGGACGUCAGGCGAUUCGGUUCGGGGGAAACCGAUGUUGCAGUAUGUUUAUAAAAAAGUAAGCUCGUAUCCGGUGCCAAUUUUGCUAAUGAAAAACGCUCGGACGACCUGCUGGUCACGUGACGCAGAAUACGGACUGUAUUCCAUCUACCAAGCGGGGCUUUUUCAGCUUGGAGGAGGCGACAGAGUGUUUGUGACGGUCAGCAAUGUAAGCACCAUCGACAUGGAUGAGAAGUCAAGCUUCUUCGGAGCGUUUUUGGUCAGCUAGUGAUGCACAGCCAGGAAAUACCACAUCUGGUGGUUUGUUGUGAGCUCUAAGAAGAGCGACAAGACUCUGCUUGCUCCGUAUUUCUACCUGAGCUUUCUUUGAACAGCUGCCAAGCGCCUUAAAACAUUUGGAUGCGCUUGCCGAGAUGCUCCUUCUCUUGCCAAAACAGUUAACCUUGAUUGACAAGAGCUCGGAAAGGUGCAAAUAUUUGGCACUUUUUUACAAACGGCCAGCGGAUCCGAUCUUAAAUCAGCUCCUUGGUGAAAUGUGUCGGAGCUCAAAUCCAGCACGUCUGCCUGGAGGGGCGACGGAAAACGAGGGGCUUGCCAGUACAUUUAGGAGUUGUUUGGACAUGAUGCCUCUGUCUGGGCAGGAAAAAGGAAGGUGUGAGUUUAAGCAAGACUUUUAACAACUGUGGAAGAGCUGCAGGCUUUUCUUGUCCUCUUUGGACCUGUGAUUGUAUUAUACAUCUUUUAAAGACAAACUGCAUAUUGGGAUGUUCUAAAGACUUCUUAAUCAUGCCUUGAUUGUAUUAUUGACAUGAUUGUCAGUUUUAGCACUAUUAAUGUCUGUAUUGUGAGUGAUUUUUAUAUCAUAAUUCAUUCCUUAAGCAUGAAUCUUGUACAUUAGCUAAAUGUGAAAAAAUCACUGUGACAUUGUAAAAUGGUAAAUCGUCUUAAAAUUGACUUUUGUAUAUACCUUUACUUUUACCAGCGCUGAACAUAAAACUAAAGAUUUCUGCAUUUUGGUUUGUUCUUCGUAGUGUUUCAGUUUUAUUGUAACAUUUUAUCUGAAACUGACUUUCAGUUAAAAGUAACUAUGUACGUUACAGUACACUGUGUUCUUCACUUCUGGAUAUUUUUCAUACCCAGACCAUAAUUCUUUGUAUUAAAUAUGUACAUUUUACAUAAUGUUGGAAAAACAAUAAUUGGGUUGUUUGAUUCAUUAUACCUUUUAAGACCAUGUAACUA